AGAUAUGCAGUCAUAUUAUGUUUUUGUGAGCUCAUGGAUGACAAAAAUGGAAUCUAUCUUGUCAAAAGAGCAACGCGUGGAUAAGUUUGCUGAGGAUCUUUCUAACCGCUGCAAUGUCUUCAUCCAGGGCUUUCUUUAUGCAUACAGUCUUAGCACCAUCAUUAAAACUACAAUGAAUCUCUACAUGUCAGUGCAAAAACCUAUGACCAAAACCUCGGUGAAAGCUCUGUGCAGACUUGUGGAACUUCUGAAGGCAAUAGAACACAUGUUUUACCGAAGAAGUAUGAUUGUGGCAGAUUCUGUGACGCACAUCACUCAGCAUCUGCAGUAUCAGGCUCUUCACUCUAUUUCUGUAGCCAAGAAAAGAGUAAUUUCUGAUAAAAAGUACAGUGAGCAACGCCUGGAUGUCCUGUCUGCUUUGGUGUUGGCUGAGAACACCCUCAAUGGGCCAAGUACAAAACAGAGGCGACUAAUUGUUUCCCUUGCCUUGAGUGUGGGAACACAGAUGAAAACUUUUAAAGAUGAAGAACUCAUUCCCCUUCAGUUAGUCCUGAAAAAACUAGACUUGAUCAGUGAACUUACAGAGCGAAUUCAAGCACAAUGUGACUGUUGUUUCUUAUACUGGCAUCGAGCAGUCUUUCCAAUCUAUUUAGAUGAUGUGUAUGAAAAUGCUGUUGAUUCUGCUAGACUGCAUUAUAUGUUUAGUGCACUACGGGACUGUGUACCUGCUAUGAUGAAUGCAAGACACUUGGAAUCUUACGAGGUGCUUCUGGAAUGCUAUGACAAAGAAAUCAUGGAAGUGCUCAAUGAGCACUUGCUGGACAAAUUAUGUAAAGAGAUUGAAAAGGACCUGCGCUUAUCAGUUCAUACACACCUAAAGUUGGAUGACAGAAACCCCUUCAGAGUUGGCAUGAAGGACCUAGCUCACUUCUUCUUUCUGAACCCAAUACGUUUUUUCAAUCGAUUCAUUGACAUAAAAGCUUAUGUAACUCACUAUUUGGACAAGACCUUCUACAACUUAACAACUGUAGCUCUUCAUGACUGGGCCACCUACAGUGAAAUGAGAAACCUAGCAACUCAACGCUAUGGUUUAAGUAUGACUGAAGCACAUCUUCCUAGCCAGACUCUGGAACAGGGUCUGGAUGUUCUGGAAAUCAUGAGAAAUAUUCAUGUUUUUGUAUCCCGCUACCUCUACAAUCUGAAUAAUCAGAUCUUCAUUGAAAGAACAAGUAAUAACAAACACUUGAACACUAUCAAUAUCCGACACAUUGCUAAUUCAAUUCGAACUCAUGGAACAGGAAUCAUGAACACAACAGUAAACUUCACUUACCAAUUUCUGAGGAAAAAGUUUUAUAUUUUUAGUCAGUUCAUGUAUGAUGAACAUAUCAAAUCCAGACUUAUCAAAGACAUCAGGUUCUUCAGGGAAGUCAAGGAUCAAAAUGAUCACAAG